AUGGCGCCCAUGACCCCGCCCCUUAGAGAGCCACGCCCCUCUCUGCCCCCUCGCCGCCGUUCUCGCUCCCUCCCGUCCCCUCCCCGCUCUCGCGAGAUCUGUGCCCGGAAGCGGCACCUCCGGGCCGAGGUGACGGUGAGGGUCUCGCCCGCCAUGGAGGCCCCGUGUCCGCUCCUGCUGCUGCUGCUCCUGGGACUCUGCGCCGCCCGCGCCGCGGCAGACACCCUGCAAACAGAUACCAGCAGAUCUUCUACAGUGCCUGACGCAGCCAAGUCGCCUGCAGCAGGUGACCUCCAGGAGCAAAGGAGCACAUCCCCAGAGAACCAAAAUGAGCAGAAGGAUAUAUCCAACAACGGCAACCUGAGUCGCAGGACCAGUUUGAAUGAGAAUCAGAAGGCAGAUGAGGGCCAGAAGGACAGCAGUGUGACUGGAAAUGACGGCGCUGAGGAGGAGAAGAAAAACAAGUCACAGAAAGGCAGUGACAAAGGGGCUGCUCAGGAUGGCCAAGAUUCAAAUAGGAGUGGUGAAAGCCAUGGAGGAGGCAGGGGACAAGGAGUUGAAGACCAGAAGAGCAGCACUGGUGGCCAGGGCAACACAAACAGUGGCAGUGGUGGCCAGACUGACAACACAAACAGUGGCAGUGGUGGCCAGGGCAGUGCAGGGACCAACAAUGGUGGCCAGACUAGCAACACAGGCGGUGACAGUGUUAGCCAGGGCAGUGCAGGGACCAACAAUGGUGGCCAGACUAGCAACACAGGCGGUGACAAUGGUAGCCAGGGCAGUGCAGGGACCAACAAUGGUGGCCAGACUGGCAACACAGGCGGUGACAAUGGUAGCCAGGGCAGUGCAGGGACCAACACUGGUGGCCAGACUGGCAACACAGGCAGUGGUAGUGACAGCCAGGGCAGUGCAGGGACCAACACUGGUGGGCAGACUGGCAACACAGGCGGUGACAAUGGUAGCCAGGGCAGUGCAGGGACCAACACUGGUGGCCAGACUGGCAACACAGGCAGUGGCAGUGACAGCCAGGGCAGUGCAGGGACCAACACUGGUGGGCAGACUGGCAGCCACAAUAACAACGAUGAGCAGAACAAAGAUGGGAACAGCAGUGUCAAAAAGAACAGCCAGAAUGGCAGCCAGCCAGGCAACGCCAAGAACGAGGGCACCAAGGAGAGCAGCAGUGAGAACAAGGCUGGCACCGACAAUGGCAGCAACACCCAGGACAGCAACAACAAGGAGCAGGGCACCAGCCAGGGCAGCGGUGACAGGAACAGGGCUGGCACUCAGGGCAGCAAGGCCAGUAGUGGGCCUGCAAACGGGGGCACCAGCCAGGGCAGCAGUGGUGGGCAGCAAGCCCAGACUGAAACCCAGGGUAGUGCUGGUGAUGAGCAGCCUCACAGCCAGGACAAUGCAAAGAACUCCCAGGAGGACCAAAGCUCUUUGUCACCCGUGGCUCCCUCCACUGCAGAGGGCUUUUUGGAAAAUGAAGAAAACGCCGCAGAGGAAAUGGCCGAGGCUGAGGAGGACAGUGACAUCUCCUUGGAUCGGGACAGAGAGAAGAAUGUUCCCACCCUGCCCAGGGCCCACUCAGAGAGCAGCCACUUCUUUGCCUACCUGGUGACCACGGCCGUCAUCGUUGCGGCUCUGUACGUGGCCUACCACAACAAACGCAAGAUCAUUGCUUUUGCUCUGGAAGGAAAAAGAUCAAAAACUGGUAGGCGGCCCAAAUCUGGUGAUUAUCAGAGACUGGAUCAAAAGAUCUAGAUUCCUCCUCAGAUGAUGACAGCCACCAAUGGGAAUGCAAUGCUGCCACAGUUGGAUUUCAGUCCACAGGAAGGAGGGAAAACGCUUUUUGUUUUGCACCUGCACCUUGAUAAAACCUCUCACUCCCCUAAAUUGCUCCUUUCCCAGCUGCCUUGUUUUUCCCCUGGGCAUCUGGCUGCCUGAAAAAGUCCCAGAACUGCACACCCAGGACUUCUGUGUCCCAGUGCAAUGGGAUUUGCUAUCUGCUGGACUGGCCCCUUCUUUUGAAGGGGAAAUUAAGGAUCUGUUGCUCACUGAGCCAUGGGGCUGUCUUCCCUUGCCUGGAAAUGAAGCUGCCUUGGUCUUCUCCUCCCUCUCUUGGGAUUGGAUGCUCAAAUUGGGAGCAUGGGAGUUUUCUUGGGCUUGUUUGGAAUUGACCCACCACAGACUUGGAUUUGGGUUUUCUCUCCCUGAUCAAUUUUCCAGUUUCACACCCAGAUUCCCUUUUUCACACGUAGCUUUGGCCAUGCUGAAGCAGUUUUUGUGGUGUGGCUCAAACCCUUCAUGCUCUAUGCAGGUCUUUUCCCUUCCAGUCUUCCCAGUUUGGCUGUUUGCACUGGGGGGUGUUGCUUGUGGUGUGGUGCUGUGGAGGGCAUCAGGCUGGGGAAGCUCCAUGAUUCAAAUGGGAAGAUUGCCUCCUCCCCCUUGUCAGGUGUAGGAAGGAAGGAAUCCCUGAGGAGCUUGGGGUGAGUGAAGCUCCCAGUCCCUCCAGUUGUGUUGAACUGGUACGGUUUGGACCAAAGGCUGCCAAAGACAUUGGUGCCCCAGUUACACCAGUGAGGUGGUUUGCAUUCCUGUAGUUCUACUCCCCAGAGUUUUAUUCAAGCUGGGACGUUUCUGGAGAGGGUGCAAAAUGCCUGCUUGGCUCCUGCUUUGGAUUUUUCCAAUACAGACAGAAAAAAACUGGAUUUGAGGAACCCAGAGCUCCUCACGUGGGCACCCAGCUGCAUCACAUCAGGUGCCAGGCAUGUGCCAGUCCCACACUUGCUGAUUGACUGCAUGGGAAGAAUCCCAGGAUAGUUAAAUUCCUUCCUGGGAGACUUUUUUCUGGCCUUCCCAAUCAGCUCCUUGCUCUGUGGUCACCUUGGGAAAGGGCAGAGCCAUUUUUUGGUCACUGUGAAAGCUGCAGCUCUAGUUUUCAUUUCCUAAUAAUUCAUUCUGAGAGGGGAGAGAGGGCUUGACCUUCUCCAAACCCUAAAAUCAUCCUUUCCCUUUUUACUGGCUCUUAGCAAGCACAAGGAACAUGAGAGUCCCUCUUGGCUUUAUAGAGUUCUCAGAGUUUCCCUAGGAAACAUCUAGGAUGCUGAAAGGACUUCCAGGAGUUGUUUUGGAGAGCAGGAGGGUGGAGGGAAGGGAAAGGGAAACAGGGCUGGGAAUGUAACUCUCGGGGAAAACGGUGAGAACCUCCUGCACCAAUCCACGCUGCUCCAGAGCUCCUGUGGGAUCAGCCAGGCUGGGGGGCUGCUUUGGGGCAGGGUCGGGGAGGGGGACACUGGCUUUUGGCUGGUGACAGCAGGGAGACAAACCCUGUUCCGGUGUGUGGAAUUCUGUGUGCUCCUGGGCUGCUCUGGUCGGGAUUUUUGGAGUGUGUGCACUUUUUGGAAUGUGAAUGCUCUAUGCUUGCUUUGUCCUGUGUUGUUUGUUUGUUUGGGGUUUUUUUGAUUGUUUGUUUGGUUGGUUUUUUUAACUUGAAUAAUUUAGAAAGAUGGGGGUUUUUUUUCACGAUCUACUUGUUUUUCUAUCCUGAGAGCUGUUUCAAAUCCUCUGUUGCUCCAGGCUGUGGGAAUUCCACCCAGCUACCAACAGGGGAUGGAAUAUUUUGGACCUCAAACACCUUGAUCGCAGGCUGAGCCAAGCACAAGCUCCUUAGGGUAAUAAGGACACACCUCAUGGCUCUGGGAAGCACUGGGUCUGGGGAGAGGGAGAUCUCACACCAGGCUGAAUUGCGGGGUUUUCCCCCAAAAUGCCCUGCCAGCACUUCCCCAGGCUUGUGUGUUCUACCAACAACCUGGGCUGCCCCAAGCCUCUGGGUUUGCUCCUGGUUUGUUGAAUUUUAUGGUGUUUAUGCAACAUGUCCCAAAGGGGUCAAGGUGCACAGCACCUUUUCCCUUUGGACACGUGUGUUUCCCAUGGAUGGUGUCUGCUGGUAGAGAGGGGGUUUUUUUGCCAAAUAUUCCUACUUUUUAGGCUUGAACCAGCACCUGAUUUGUUUUCUGCUGCAAUGAAACGCACUUUGCUUGGAAGGAUCAGAUUUUUUUACGGUUCUUUGUACUGUUUUUUGUUUUCUGUGUGGUGAAGUCAGUAAAUGGAUUAAAAAAAACCCAAAAGGUUGAGAUUUCA